AUGGCGCGAUUGUCAAGUCCCCCGAUCCUCUCCCAGAUACUGAGUGCGAGGAGCUAUAUCGAACAGACAAGUGCGUUGCGGGCACUUAAGAAUGAUAUCGUUGGCCACGCGCAAAAGAAAGAGUUGUGGGCUGGACUGGGCGUGCUGGAACCGAUCGUCAAGAUACUCAAUGCCGCUCGAUCGCCGGCCAAGGUAAACGGCAAGGACACUCGCCCCCACGGUAACUCGCGGGGAUUGAGCGAGGAAGAGAACGUGAGGCUGCAGGUUCUUCAGCUCCUCGCAAGCUUCGCCAACGGCGGAACUGCCUUUAUCGAACCGCUUCUUGCCGCCGGAGCCCUGCCAGCUUUGCUGGCUAAUGUCUGCCCGAUUUCGAAUGCUCCCUUGCUCGUCACCACGGCCCUACGUGCCCUGCUCAACAUCAUCGAGGCUUCCGCCCUCGCAACACCAGCCUCUCCAGUUGAUACGCAAGCUUUGGCCGAGGCAGUUUUUGCAUCAGAACAUAUCGAAUCUUAUAAUGCUAUACUGUCGACUGCAUCCCCGGCUCCGGCACAACAAACUCAGAUCACACUAGUGGCGAAUAUAAUCAGUCAAUUAUGUCGGGAGGAAAGGCACCAGCUUGCCCUGGCGAACUCUGGCGCUCUGGACUCGCUCGCGACAAGGCUAGCAAGCAUUGCUGUUGCCGAAGGGCAUGUUGUCCCCUACGCUGAAAUAUUUGGGCGCGUGGAUGAUUUGUCUGAUUCCAUUCCGGACGCGGCGCCUUCAACCUCUAACCUGGCCCCGAUUUUGGAAGCAUUGGCUACAAUUAUAUCUGAUUCACGCUUCAGGGCUUGUAUGCUACUAUGCUCUCCUGCAAUCAUGGCCAUUUUCCCCUCCAUCAAGUUUACCCCUGCGAAAGAAAUCCGAGCUCCCUGGAACUCACUCGAAGUAACCGGUCUCGGCUAUGCGCGGCACCAAAACCUCAGUGCGAUGGAUUAUUUGCUUCCUGCUAUUCCGGUGCACCAAGGUCGAAUUUCGGGUUCCCAACAGUCGCAUUUCCCCCCGCUUGGUGCCUCUGACGCGCUGGAGCGGGCCCGCUCAGCUGCCAGUAAAUACAGUUCUACCGCAUCCGUUUGGGAAGCUUCACGAUUCGAGUUGUUUGGAAACGAGGGAGAACCUGAGGAGGAUCAAGAGAGCCCUCUUAUUCCCUGGCUCAUUCUUCUAAUCAGGUCGCGUCGAAAUGCCGAGCGGCUGAUGGCUGCUCACCUCUUGACAUCGCUCUUCAGGUCUGGGUUCGGAAGCAAACAUUUGAGAGAAACCAGCCUUGGAUUACUGGUCGUGCCCGUACUCACGGAAAUGCUGGACCAGCUUCAAGUUUCACCGCCGGUGGUCAAUUCCCCUCUAAUCGAUGCGGAGACGGCCUUGAAGUGGGCGAUUUUGGAGCGGACGCCAGCGAUACUUGCUCGAAUGAUCACCGACAGUGAACCUCUUCAGAAGGCUGCUUUUGACUGCGGGGCCGUCAAGACUUUUAGCAAGCUUCUCAAAGAUGCGUACGAACCGAUUCCUCCGUCAGCAUAUGCCAAGAUAUGGUCGCCGCAAGCUGAUACGAAUAUGGAGACGGAAAACACGUCCCCCUCGUGUGCUUUGGGGCCAGAAGGACAGCCUCCGCUCCUAGCACACAGGGUAAGAACGCGGGAGAGUGCGCUGAAAGCGAUCGGGGCCCUUGCGGCCGGCAAGGAUGAGUACCGCAAGGCGUUUGUCGAGCAAGAUGUCGUAGCCCACAUCGUCCAGUCUCUUUCUCCGACCCCCGGCAAGCCGUCGAACCCUAAGGACCGCUCCAAGACGAACGAGCCGGAUGGACCCGUCUCUGGCGGCUCACCGUCUGACCACAACUCUGGGUACGGUAGCAAUCCAUUGUCAGUGCUGAUUGCGGGCUGCCACGCAAUAAGGAUGCUGUCGCGGUCCGUGAGCAUCUUGCGAACUUCCCUGGUCGAUUAUGCUGUUGCUGUUCCCUUGUUCCGGUUCCUCAGACAUCCUGACGUUGACGUCCAAAUUGCCGCAACUGCUGCGAUAUGCAAUCUGGUCACCGAAGUCAGCCCCAUGAGAGAGGUAAGCAAAUCGCCACAUGUUCCAGUAGAAUUUACCUGUUAA